GUCCCUUCCCUGGGCUCGCAGUUCAGCGCUCGUACUUGACUAUGGAGGCAAACAGUGUCGUCUUGAGGCCCGCUCUUAUUUUGGCAUCGGUGAUGAGCUUUGUACAAUGCUUAGUCAUGGUGAGUUACAGCUUUCCCUCGUUCAUAUGUGGCGCACAGACACGAAACUACAGCGAUGGAACAACUCAGCGAUUUGCCAAUGGUGCCCGGACCUUCCCAGUAAACACAACAGAGUAAACUGACAUUCCAGAGCAGGGUGACUACUAGGAAAGCUUCUAGAGUGAAGUGACUGAUCAAUCAUACGAAACUGAGCUCCCCCUCCUCAUUCCUGAACCUCGAGGGCUGCUAGCUACACUGACGACACUUUUGGCACCUGCUCCUCUUUCUCUCUGUACGGUAUUCAGUAGACGUUUACACUCCCCUGAACGCCCCCUCCCCUCUUCUUUCCAACUCCUGUGGGAAGAGUAGCUAGCUCCCUGGGCUACGUUUGAUUACGGUUAUGAUCACCAUUAAGAUGCAGCAGAAUAUCAGUUUCUGUUUUCUUGGUCUCUGAACGGAAAAUCAAUAAGGACGUUUUUACUUGCCAUUCGGUUCCACCCCCCCCCCCCCCCCCUUGGCCAUUUCUGUUAGAAUUAUAUAUUUUUUGGUUUGCUGGAUCCUUGGGGAAAAAAACAUUAAACCAAUAAAAAGGACUUUUUGGAGUGAAGAAAAUAUUUUGGAGUGCUAGACACAACUCUGUCAGCUUGUCUGGACUGUUGUUGACUCCUUUGUUUGGGAAAGUUGUUGAAAUCUCCUCCCUGAGACAAACUCCUACUGCUGCCAAAAACAACAAGAAAAUGUGUCCUGCCCCAUACUUCCUGCCAUAAAGGCCAUAAAGUGUCCUCCCUCGACUGGUCCCCUCAAAGAAAAGACAAACGAAGAAGAGGUUACUCUAGGGCAGGCAGGAGAUCAUCCAGAACACUAGUCUUAAUAACGCAAUAAAUCACAGAGGAUUACAAUUGUCCUGGUUGUUGCCUGCAUAACCAUGACUGGCAGUUGUUGCACGCCAGCACCUGAACGUUAUGGCCUAGCUUGUGAAGUAAGCGGGAGUACACACACGAGUCAUACGUUCAUGUUGGCCAGUGUUGAGGUGUAAGGACUACGUAACUGUUUUUAAGAGAGCUCCUUUUAUAAUCUCUGAACGUCAGACUCUCAAACCCCUCACCCACCCCAAAAAAACCAAAACGCCACCCCUUGGAAAGGGUACUAACGUCCGGGCUUCCUCCGUUGCAGCUCCGCUGUCCCCCCCCCCCCCCUCGUCUUAGUUUGACCCUUACCCCUCAGCACGCGAGGAUGUCUGGCGGUAGUCGCCCACAGCAGCGCUCUUAGUCGUCGUCGUCGUGGCGGCUUCGACGGGAGGCGGCCGGGAGAGACCCAUCAGGAUGUCCAACGAGAGCCUGACAGAGUGCAAGGCGGUGGUGACGCCGUCGACGCGCAACGGCCACCGCGUCUUCAGCUACACGCUGGAGAGCCACACGGCGGCCGCGUUCGCCAUCAUGAACGAGCUGCGGCUGGACGGCCAGCUGUGCGACGUGACGCUGCGGGUGCGCUACAACGACCUGGGGGCCGUGGACUUCGUAGCCCACAAGGUGGUGCUGGCCUCGUCCUCUCCGGUCUUCAGGGCCAUGUUCACCAACGGCCUGAAAGAGUGUGGCAUGGAGGUGGUGCCCAUCGAAGGGAUACACCCCAGGGUGAUGGAGAGGCUGAUAGAGUUUGCCUACACGGCCAGCAUCUCCGUAGGGGAGAAGUGCGUGAUCCACGUCAUGAACGGCGCCGUCAUGUACCAGAUCGACAGUGUUGUGAAGGCCUGCUGCGACUUCCUGGUUACGCAGCUGGACCCCAGCAACGCCAUUGGCAUAGCUAACUUCGCCGAGCAGAUCAGCUGCACAGAGCUCCACCAGAAAGCAAGGGAAUACAUCUACAUGAACUUCAGCCAGGUGGCGACCCAGGAGGAGUUCUUCAACCUCUCCCACUGCCAACUUGUCACGCUCAUCAGCCGGGACGAACUCAACGUGCGCUGCGAGUCAGAGGUUUUCCAGGCGUGCGUGGCGUGGGUCCGGUAUGACCGGGAGAACCGACGGCCUUACGUCCAGGCCCUGCUGCAGGCCGUCCGGUGCCACUCCCUCACCCCGCACUUCCUCCAGGCCCAGCUCCAGUCUCUGGAGUGGGACGCCCAGUGUAAAGACUACCUGGCCCAGAUCUUCCAGGACCUCACCCUCCACAAGCCCACAAAGGUGAUCUCGUGCCGCACGCCCAAGGUUCCCCAGCUCAUCUACACGGCCGGUGGUUACUACCGCCAGUCCCUGUCUUUCCUGGAGGCCUACAACCCCUGUACCGGAGCCUGGCUGCGCCUGGCCGACCUGCAGGUCCCCCGGAGCGGCUUGGCCGCCGUGGUCAUCUCCGGACUGUUCUACGCCGUCGGCGGACGGAACAACGCUCCCGACGGGAAUAUGGACUCCAACACGCUGGACUGCUAUAACCCCAUGAAUAACUGCUGGCUGCCGUGCGCGCCGAUGAGCGUGCCGCGGAACCGGAUAGGAGUGGGGGUGAUCGACGGGAUGAUCUACGCCGUCGGCGGGUCACACGGGUGUAUUCAUCACAACAGCGUGGAGAGGUACGACCCGGACAAAGACCAGUGGCAGCUGGUGGCCCCCAUGUUGACGCGGCGUAUCGGGGUGGGCGUGGCGGUGAUCAACCGGCUGCUGUAUGCCGUGGGGGGGUUCGACGGCACGCACCGCCUCCGGUCCUCUGAGUGCUACAACCCGGAAAGGGACGAGUGGCGGUCCAUGGCCGCCAUGAACACGGUGCGCUCUGGGGCAGGUGUGUGCUCCCUGGGAAACCACAUCUACGUGAUGGGCGGCUACGACGGCACCAACCAGCUGAACACCGUGGAGCGCUACGACGUGGAGACGGACACGUGGAGCUUCGCCGCCUCCAUGAAGCACCGCCGCUCCGCCCUCGGGGUCACCACCCACCACGGGAGGAUUUAUGUCCUGGGAGGUUACGACGGGAACACGUUCCUGGACAGCGUGGAGUGCUACGACCCGGAGACGGACACGUGGUCCGAGGUGACCCGCAUGAUGUCCGGCCGCAGUGGCGUGGGUGUGGCCGUCACCAUGGAGCCCUGCCAGAAAGAGCUGGCCCAGUGUCAAAAGCACGAGAGGUUGGAGGUCACUGGCAGCAGUGGUAGUUUGGGGUCGUCGGGGGACUCUGGGUCGUACCACCACUCCAGGCAUGGGUCCUUUGGCAGUGGGACUUGAGUCUGGCGAGAGCCGGGGGUGUGAAUGUCCCCCUCCACCCCUGACUGGGUCUUCCUUGGUCCUCCGUCUUCCGUGGGAAAGGGCGCUGUUCACCCCUGGGCCCCGCUCCCUGUUUGUUCUACAUGUUUUUAAUUCCUCCAUUCUAAAUUGUUUGAAUUCGUAGUUUCUAAUCCAGCAUGUUGAGUCACUCGCUGAUCGUGAGUGAACGACUUAGUUUGGGAAACAAAUUGAAAUGUUAAGAGUUCUGUUCCAUCUUGUUUGUGCUCCAUACACAGUAGAUGGCCAAAUAGUAGAAAUAGGAGUUCUAGAUUUUUCCACAUCUUCAAAUCGGCAGUACUUCUGCUGUGUCUUUAUUCAAACCCACAGUAGCACUAUGGCUCCCUCUGGUGGGCCAAUUGUGUUUUCCCUUACCUGCAUCCAAAGGGGAGUAAAGGGCUGUGACACAUUUAAAAGGCUAAAAACUGGCCUCUGACUAUAUUAAAUUAGUAGCUACCUUUUCUAUUUCAAGAUCAGCCUGCGCAAAUAAACCAAAUCUAGGGGGGUGAGAGAGACAAAAUUGCAAUGUAACCAUGGUAGUACUUUUGGCAAACUGUGGACAUUUGGGGAAUAUGAGUGUUUUCCUGAUGCAAAGUGCCAUUAUUAUCUAUGUCAGUUGGUGAUUAUCAUCAUCAGUAUACACACCACUCUCUGGUGCCUGAAGCAACUGAGGCAGGGCAAAGUAGCACUUUGGUUGGACACUUCAGCCUAUUGCCAACAGUGGUGAAAGCAGACCUAGGCUGCCUUGAUGUGAAGACUGUGCUAUACGCCCAACAAAAUCCAAAACCAAUUGCAGGUCAUUUUCGGCAUGGAAAAACCGUAGCAUUGAGGAGUUUUUUUUUUUUUUUUAUUAUGAUUUUUAAUUAACAUGUUAAGGACUGAGUCGUGUUGGUGAACCGUUACACAACUUCCCCGUGACUGGUUGGACCUAAUCAUACACGUCAAGUCCAGACCAAGAAGUGACUAUUCUUGUGCGUUAUGUCCCAUCGAGAGUGUCUCUGAAUGAGACGGAAAGAAAAGGUCUGAGGUUAUUUCCCCGUGUCGUGCACUGUCUGGUUGGAUGUGGGGCACGAAGUGAUUAAUAGGGUGCCAUUUUAAAUCGUUUGAACGGGCCAUUUAGAGCAAUGAUUUGUAUCACUGGUUUAAGCUACAAAGGUUUUUUUAAGUGACGUUUUUGUACAUCGAUAUUCUAUUCCAAUGGAGUCCUGUACAGAAGAACCUCAAGUUUUCUUUUUUUUUUAUUUAUUUUGUUUUGUGUCCUUCUGUUGUUGUUGUUGUUGUUGUUGUUGUUGCUUUAAAUGACCACAACAACGUUGGGCUCUGUUCAACGUAUAUCGUGGAUGUUACGACGUUACGGCGUGAUUCGAAAAUUUUACCAGCAAUGUUCCCGCGUCAGAGAAGACCGCUGUCACGGUAAAUGCUUUAUACGUCGACUCAUUCGAAAAGGACCUUAACGCCUGUUGCACAGUGUAUAUUUCUUCAGUGAUACAGAUUGAACGAAGCCCUUGGUAUUCAAAUUGUGUUCAGAUAUUGUUUUCUUUCUAAAUGAGCAGCAUGCUUUAUGUGUGGGCAUGCCAGUUUGAAUGCCUAACAUUUGGUAAAGACAUUAUGCCUCUUUUGAAAA